CACUGGCAGAUUCUGCCUCAGUGUUCGAAACACUAAGAGAAGAGGACAUUAAUAUGGCACCAGGUUAUAACCAGGCCAAUAAGCAGUGCCUGCCCUAUCAGUGGUCCGGAGAUGAUCAUACCGUAUCAUCAGCUGCCAGUCAGCCUGCUGCUGCUCCUCCACAACAAUUCAACAAGGAACCAAUGAGGAUCUCCAGAGACUUCCAGGAAUACCUGCAUCCUGUUCCAGUGCUUAAUGGAGAUGUGUUUUACAAAAUCCCCGUAGCAGAUUAUAUUCCACCUGUGUCCACUGCUGCUCCUCUCAACACCUCCGUCUCAAGGAAGAGGAAGUGUGAGAGCUUGCAGGAUCAAGACAAGCCAUAUAUAAAGAAGCCACUCAACGCCUAUAUGCUAUUCACGAAGGAACAAAGACCAAAAGUUGUGGUUGACAUAGCUAGAAGAGGGAGUGCAGCAGUGGCUCAGCACCUGGGGACGAUGUGGAAAUCACUGGGAGAAGAGGGGCAGGCAAAGUAUUUCGCUCAAGCACAUGAGUUAAAAAGGCUCCAUGAUCAGCAAUACCCUCAGUGGUCCCCUCUGGACAACUUUAAUAGAAAAAGGCAAAGGAUCCGAGGGAACGCUACUUCCACGACCGCAGAUGUGAUGAAGCCCAGCCACACGCAGACACAAUCUGAUGUGCCCCCAAACAUUGGUGCAACAAACACUCUAUCCAGUAAGCUGGCCAUCAAUGAGUUAAUCGAGGGUGUACAUUUUCAACCUCCCACACCCGCUUCACCUUCAUCUCCGCCUCCACCUCCCUUGGUCCAUGCUGGGCUUGAGCAAAGCACUAGUUAUUGGUCCAGUGAAAUUGAGGAAAGACUUUUGGAGGAUUUUGACCUCUUUGAAUCAGCACUUGAGCUGUCUAACCUAGAAACCGCACUUGCAGAUUCUGCCUCAGUGUUCGAAACACUAAGAGAGGAGGACAUUGAUAUGGCACCAGGUUAUAACCAGGCCAAUAAGCAGUGCCUGCCCUAUCAGUGGUCCGGAGAUGAUCAUACCGUAUCAUCAGCUGCCAGUCAGCCUGCUGCUGCGCCUCCACAACAAUUCAACAAGGAACCAAUGAGGAUCUCCGGAGACUUCCAGGAAUACCUGCAUCCUGUUCCAGUGUUUAAUGGAGAUGUGUUUUACAAAAUCCCAGCAGCAGAUUAUAUUCCACCUGUGUCCGCUGCUGCUCCUCUCAACACCUCCGUCUCAAGGAAGAGGAAGUGUGAGAGCUUGCAUGAUCAAGACAAGCCAUAUAUAAAGAAGCCACUCAACGCCUAUAUGCUAUUCACGAAGGAACAAAGACCAAAAGUUGUGGUUGACAUAGCUAGAAGAGGGAGUGCAGCAGUGGCUCAACACCUGGGGACGAUGUGGAAAUCACUGGGAGAAGAGGGGCAGGCAAAGUAUUUCGCUCAAGCACAUGAGUUAAAAAGGCUCCAUGAUCAGCAAUACCCUCAGUGGUCCCCUCUGGACAACUUUAACAGAAAAAAGAAAAGGAUCAGAGGGAACGCUACUUCCACGACCCCAUGAUGUGCCCCCAAAACCUUGGUGCAACAAACACUCUACAUUCAUAUGUUGGGGAAGCGACAAACCUGUCCUCUUCUCUACAUAAACUGCUCUUUGAAAAAAUAAAUAAAAAUGCAAACAUAUAAUAUGUCUUUGAAGUCAUGAUAAUUCAAAGUUAAUCUGUAAGGCAACUGGACUUGGUGGAGGGUCUUGAGGACAUUUCACCUCUUUGCUGAAGCUUCCUCAGUUCUGAACAAACUUUUCGGUGAUUCUUUGAAUUGAAAUAUUUUGAGUUGUUUUCCUUGUUUCUACUGAGUGACAAUGUCAAAUAAAACUGAAACCACA